GAUAGCUGGCUCGACAGGAUUACCCUUAAUAUCUACCCACGCCGAGCCAAAACUUUGUUCACAUUGUGGAUUCGGCUACUCUGCCACCGGUGAACUUGUUGAUAUCGUCGCCAACAUUUUAGGCUUCUCUCGCCGACAGAAUACCCUAUCCUAGACACCCCUCGGCACGGUAUACUUCUACCCUGCGCCAGUACCAGUUUUCUUCCUCCGUCUUCCACAUCUCAGACCAACUUCACUUAUGGAUUUAACCAAUAUUCUCAACACCAAAGAAGGAGCAGCGGCAGCAGCAGAAUCAGCCCCUCCGAGCAUGUCUUUUAACCAAGAACUGCAGGCAAAUGUUCAUCUAAUUGCAGCUCCUCGAGAUCCGGAUUUGCGCGGCCCGCGGUCCGAACUGGCUCCCGAAAAUGAAGGCUCUCACCAGUCGUCAGGAUCUCCGACACCCUCGGAUCGGUCUGCGGCACCUUUCGGGGCUAGUCCGGCGCCCUUUCCCCAGCAGCCCAUGAGUGUUGCUUACAGCAGUGCAUUGCAGCAACAACAACAACAGCAAAUCCAACAGCGACAGCAGCAGCAGCACGAGCAGCAGAUGCAACAACAGCAGCAAUUCCAGCAGCAUAUGCAUUUACAGCAGCAGCACCAACAGCAGCAGCAGAACCAGCAGCAGCAGCAACAGCAACAAAUUCGAGGACCCGGCAGACCGUCGACUGGAGACCCUUCAGCGAAGGCUUUCCCUUGUAGCUCAUGCGGCAAGGGUUUCGCACGACGCAGUGACUUGGCCAGACACGAGAGAAUACACAGCGGUAUCCGGCCGCAUGUCUGUGAUUUUCCGGGCUGCGAUAAGCAGUUCAUUCAACGUUCUGCCCUGACUGUGCACGCUCGCGUUCACACCGGAGAGAAGCCCCAUAUGUGUGAAACUUGCGGAAAGCCCUUUAGUGAUUCAAGUUCGUUAGCACGGCAUAGAAGGAUCCAUUCCGGCAAAAGGCCUUACAAGUGUCCCUAUGCGGACUGCCAGAAGACUUUUACUCGGCGUACGACCCUUACCCGUCACCAGAACCAUCACACUGGAACCAUCAGCGAGGCGGCAGCAGCAACCGCAGCCGCUUUGGCAGCUAGACCGAGCCUUCCUCGGCCUGGACGUCCGCCGCAAUCUCCGACUGCGCAGCUCAUGGGUCACGAUUCGCAGACGUCAUCCGCUCACUCGACGCCGUCACCAGGUCAAAGGACAGCGUCGCUAUCACCAGCGUUGGAUAUGCCAUCGCCAUUCGGACGCCCAGAGUACUUGUACCGUGGCAACGGCAACAUCACCUCUCACCCGCUGUCUCUGCUCACAGGGGGAGAGAUGCAACCGUUGACUCCCCGAGCAACUCCGACCACGACGCCCACGAUGCCAUCGGUUAUGAUGCCUGGCGUCAACCGGCCCCCGCCAACGUCGAAUCCGUCGUAUCUCGGCCCGAUGAACCAGUCUUUGCCACCAAUUCUUGAACCAUCAAUCAAGUCGGAGUUCCAGAGGUCUGGCAGUCCGCACAUGUCCCUAUCGGGCAGUCCACACAUGUCAUCGGCCCCCAGCCCCCAUGCAUCCCGUGGCAGCCCACAUCUGUCAUCGGCCUCGAUGGGUUAUCACUCGCCGACGUACCCUACGUCUGCACCCGAGGAUUCCUUCUUCUUCCCCCCACCACCACCAACUAGUUUUCAAACCCACUCGGCAUCGCCCGAGCCCGGUAUCAACUACAGUGAGAACUCUUUGCAAAAACAGUUUCAAAAACAGCCCCACUCUUCCUAUGAUUCACAGAGUCGGAAAGUUUCUUCUACUGCUUGAAUGUCUUGAGAAUAUCCAGCUGAUUAUUUUCCUUCUCACCGGAAUGUAGUGCUGACGGAUCCAUCCGUUGUUGCCACGGUGUUCAAUGUUGACGGGGAAUGUUUUUCUUUGAUUUGAUCUGAUUUUUUCUUUCUUUUCAUCUUAACCUUGGGGCGCGUGUGCUUGCUGCAUUUUUUUUUGUUGUG